CCCAGGCCUUCGUUGGCCUGGAUAAGGGCAUUGCGCAAUUUGGCACCUGUGGUGUUUUUUUAUCUGAAGUAUUUGCUAGCGGGUACCCAGGGAACACGGGGUUGUAGGCCAAGGACAGGAAGAAUGGGAUGUCAAAGGAAGUGCUAUCGAUGUGCAAGAAAGUCUGUAAAAACGAUAAUAUGAAGAAAAAGCCCCCACCCGGCACGCGUGAUCUCCCCAGGAGACGUGGCACCUUUGGUUCCCACGGGAGGGCGGGUGCGCGCGGGCGGCUGGAUAACCUUGGCGUGCGGAGGGCGGACCUGGGGACUCCGGGCCCCGGGGAAGUAGGCGAAAGGUCGGGGGCGGGGCCUCGCGGGCCCCGUCGGGAGUCGGCCCUGGAUCCCUGAGCUCGCUGCACCAGAAACAUCCGCCUCCGGGACCGACUUGCAGCCAUGGCCCUGCUCCGAGGUGUGUUUAUUGUUGCUGCUAAGCGAACACCCUUUGGGGCUUAUGGAGGUCUUUUGAAAGAUUUCACGGCUACAGACUUGAGUGAGUUUGCUGCCAAGGCUGCCUUGUCUGCUGGCAAAGUCCCACCUGAAACUAUUGACAGUGUCAUUGUAGGCAAUGUCAUGCAGAGUUCUUCAGAUGCUAUAUACCUGGCAAGACAUGUUGGUCUGCGAGUGGGAGUUCCAGAAGAGGCCCCAGCUCUCACUGUCAAUAGGCUCUGUGGCUCUGGCUUCCAAUCCAUUGUGAAUGGAUGUCAGGAAAUUUGUGCUAAAGAUGCUGAAGUUGUCCUUUGUGGAGGAACUGAAAGCAUGAGCCAAUCUCCCUACUAUGUCAGAAACAUUCGUUUUGGAACCAAGUUAGGAACAGAUAUCAAGUUGGAAGAUUCUCUGUGGGCAGGAUUAACAGAUCAACAUGUUCAACUCACCAUGGGACUUACUGCAGAGAAUCUUGCUGUAAAACAUAAAAUAAGCAGAGAAGAAUGUGACAAAUAUGCCCUUCAGUCACAGCAGAGGUGGAAAGCUGCUAAUGAUGCUGGCUUCUUUAAUGAGGAAAUGGUACCAAUUGAGGUGAAAACAAAGAAAGGAAAACAGACAAUGCAAGUGGAUGAGCAUGCCCGGCCCCAAACGACUCUGGAGCAGUUAAAUAAACUUCCUCCAGUGUUCAAGAAAGAAGGCACUGUCACUGCCGGGAAUGCAUCGGGAGUAUCUGAUGGUGCUGGAGCUGUUAUCAUAGCUAGUGAAGAUGCUGUUAAAAAACAUAACUUCACACCACUGGCAAGAAUUGUGGGCUACUUUGCAUCUGGAUGUGAUCCCUCUAUCAUGGGUAUUGGCCCUGUCCCUGCUAUUAAUGGAGCACUGAAGAAAACAGGACUGAGUCUUAAGGACAUGGAUUUGGUAGAGGUGAAUGAAGCCUUUGCUCCCCAGUAUUUGGCUGUUGAGAAGAGUUUGAGUCUUGACCCAAGUAAGACUAAUGUGAAUGGAGGAGCCAUUGCUUUGGGUCACCCAUUGGGAGGAUCUGGAUCAAGAAUAACUGCACACCUGGUUCAUGAAUUAAGGUACUUGCUAGAAAUUGCUGCUUUUGGGAUGACUAUUUUUAAUGGAAAUGUAUAAAUUUAGGUUUCCUCA